CUGACCAGGGACCUAUACAAGGUCCCUGAGCUGACACAUUACAUGUAUUAUUAUGGAUUCAGUCUCUUCGCGAUUAAUCAUCGGUAUCGUUUUGUAGAGACAAUAUUUCGCUUAAAAAUGCAUAGUUUCACAUUGAUUGUUUUGAUCUGUGUUAGCAUUUUCUUGGUGUUCGAAUGUGUGUUAUGCAAAUCUGACUUAUAUGAUAUUCUUGGUGUCCGAAAAACUGCUACACAAAAGGAGAUCAAACAAGCCUACAAGAAACUUGCUAAAGAAUGGCAUCCUGACAAAACAGAUGACCCAGAAGCCACAGAAAAGUUCACAAAAAUAAAUGAAGCAUAUGAGACUUUGGGUGAUCCUGAAAAACGAUCAGAAUAUGAUAAUUUUGGAUACACAUCUUCCAAUGCUCGCCAACCCAACCGACCUCAGCAGAGGGGGUUCCAUGGAUUUGAACCAUUUGAAGGAUUUUUUUCUAGCCAAGGAUUCGGCUUUAAUUUUAAUUUCAAUCAAGGAGGCAGUGGUAGUCCUGACUCAGUGAUCGAGCGACACAUCAUCAAUAUGAGGACAUAUCAGACCACCAUACUGCCUAAUAGUUUGAACAAGCCCUGCGUGAUCUAUGCCUUCUCUGAUUUCUGCUUCAACUGCAUGAGAAUAGAAGGCAUUGUGGAGAAGUUUAUCACAGAGCUGAAGGCUAUAGGUCUGUGUGCAGCUGCAUUCCACGCUGGACAGUCCCAAGACCUUACAAGCCACCUGCGUAUAUCCAGUGUUCCCUCCAUAGUUGGGGUGGUCAAUGACCGGGUCUCCUUCUUCAAAGGCCAAGUCAAUCUACCAGCCCUACAUGACUUCACAAGGGGCUUGUUCCCAACUAAUUUCAUUACUAAGGUGCAUGACGUCAAUAUAGAGUCGUGGCUAGGUGGUUGGCCUGCAGACAACAAAGUCCGUGCUGUGUUCUUCAGUCCACGCCAAGACAUGUCUGCAGCGUUCCUUGCUCCUGCCUUCUUCUACAAAGACAACCUGGCCAUUGGAUAUGUGUAUACCAAAAGUGAUGAUGUCACGAAUAUACUACUUAAGUUCAAUGUCAACAAGCAUCGUGAAACUCUGCUACUCUUCAAUGAAGACUCUAAGUCACCUGUAGCAACCAUCAGUAUGCAGCAUCUUACGCGUUCAACGCUGGAUGAAGUGAUAGAAGGCAAUAAGUUCCUCUCCCUGCCUCGCCUCUCAUCACAGAAGUUUUUUGAUGAGCUCUGUCCUGAUGAAAUGAAGAUCAAGAGUAGAAAGCUGUGUGUUGUUCUGAUAACCAAGAAGAGUGUGCCGCCCAGUGAUGAUCUCCAUGGUUACCGCCAGUUCUCCCAGAAUUCUCGACUGAGUGGUCAUGAACGUAUCCGUUUCACGUACAUGUAUGAGGACACGCAGGCUGAGUUUGUUAAGUCACUGAUGGCCAAGGGUAGACAGGAGCUCAGGAGUGCAGCUCUCAAGGUUGCCAUUCUGUGGCGGGUUGAGAAGUACCAGUUGAAGUAUGAUUGGCUGGAGACAGGGUGGGAGGGGUCACAGAUGGCCGACUGUGGUGCGGCCCUGGAGAGGAGGCUCAAUGUGCUCCUUACAUCAGACACCGUCAUGCCGUACAAGAUUGUACCCCCGGAACUGUACAACGAGCAUGGGCUGGGUUUAUUGACCAGGAUAGGAUACAAGUUGCUAAGCUGGGGUGACAAAAUCCUUGACCUCCUACGGAUGUUUGACGGCACCACGUGGGUGACGCUGGCCCUCUCGCUGCUGUUUGUAUGCAGUAUGGGCUACUUCAUGCACAAGAUAGCCACCUACGAGGUCAUCCAGGUAGAGAGCACCCUGCCUCAGAAGACCAGGCCCCGCCCACCUUCCAGGACAUUUGAUGCCAAGACAAUGAAGCUGUAUGAGCUAGAUGCUCGCACCUAUGAGGAGCUGGUAAGUGAGGCAGAUACAGGCCUCACAGUCGUGCUACUGGUAGACAAGGACACGAAGGAUGACCUCGUGAGACAGUUCACCACCAUAGUGCACCCUUACUCUAGGUACAGUGCCCUGACAUUUGCUUUCAUGCAGUUGGAAUACAACAUUAAGUGGUACCGAACCCUUCUGGAGACCAGUGUUGGCAACACAAAAUCUCUAGAUAAAAUCAACAUUAAAAAUUGCAUCGGAACUGUGUUAGCUUUAAACGGUUAUCGCAAAUAUUACUACAUAUACAGUGCCAAAAGUGGUCGUCAGUUUAUCCGCAAGAGGAACAAUUUAUCCCAGGCUCUGGGCCUGGAUGACUUGGAUGAGAAAUCAGACGAUGAGUUCUUCUUUGUGGAUGAAGUACUGGAUGGCCUGGCCCUCUGGCUGGACAAGAUAUUUGAUGGUUCUAUCAAGCGGGUCAGAAUCAAGGCCUGGCCUAUGAUGACAGACGACCGGUGAAGCUCAGUACAUGCAGGAGAAAUGCCUGUUCUCUAUGUGCGUUUAACUUACAAAUACCAUUUUAGCAAGAGGAACUGUU